AACGCCAGAGAGAAGACCAUUAGCCCAUGUUGUCAUAUAUCCUCCUCCACCGAUUUUGUCUUCAAACCGGGUUUGGGAAGCACUUGGCCGGACAGUGCCUAGUCUGAGCUGUCGGAUACCAUGGCGGACGGGGAGAGGUCGCCGCUGCUGUCUGAUCCACAAGAUAGUCCGAGCUCUUCCUAUAGCUCUCGUCGAGCCAAACCACACACAGAUUCCUCAGCCAAUACCACAGGACACUACUACGUAUUCACUUAACAAUAAGGACUUUGAGUCUCCCUUCCCCAGCUCCAGGGCUGACAUGAUGGAGCCGCCUCCGCCCUACUCCCUCCCGGGAGUCAGCCCCGACGAAGGGGCCUCCGUGGGGGUGAGCUGCCGGGUGUGCCAGAGCUCCAUCUCGGUGGAGGGGAAGGGGCACCAGCACGUGGUCAAGUGUAGCGUCUGCAACGAAGCCACGCCCAUAAAAAACGCUCCAGUCGGGAAGAAGUACGUGCGCUGUCCCUGUAACUGUCUGCUCAUCUGCAAGGUCAAUUCCCAGAGGAUCGCCUGCCCACGACCCUACUGUAAACGUGUCAUCAACCUGGGGCCGGUGCACCUGGCCCCAGACAGCCCAGAACCACGGAACCAGCCGGUCGGAAUCAGGGUCCUCUGUGGACAUUGUGCUAACGCCUUCCUGUGGACAGAGUUUUCUGACAGAACCCUUGCCAGGUGUCCACAUUGCCACAAAGUCUCUUCUAUUGGCCCUCGGUACCCCAGAAGGAGGAGCUUGCUGUGCUUCCUGCUCUGUUUGGUGCUGGCCGCCACGACUGCUGGACUCAUGGCGGGGACGUGGACUCCAGCCCAGCAUUCUAGAGGGAUCUAUGCGGCCUGGGUCCUGAUGUUGGUGCUGGCUCUGUACUCCCUGGGGCGAACCCUUUACUGGAGAUGUCUCCGGAUCAGCCAACCACUGUCCAACGAAGUAUAGAGAGAGAGAGGGAGAGGGAGAGAGCAGAAGAGGUUGAAGAAAGUGAGAUUGAUAAGUGGAACAACUUUUGAGAUGAGUAAUCUCAAUAUCUCAGAGAUGGAUUGAUUUGAGAGAAGUAGACACAUCGAUUCAUAGAUGGAUGAAUUGAUUGAUGGAUGGUAAGGCUGAUAGAUCCAUCAGUUGGAGGGAUCCAACUGAUGGAUCUUUCUUCCAAAUAUCCUGAAAAACACUAGCCAACCACAGCACUCUAUGCGCCGGGGCACGGGAGCCGACCAGACACUUUUAAACCAAUCACAGGGCCUUCAAUGUUCUCAUUCGGUUCAUAUAUUGCAGCUUGUGCCAGUUUGAGCCUGUCCAAAUGGAUUUAAGUCUGCUCAAACCAGUUAGGCUUAGCUCUUGCCAGAUUGAGUCCCUUUAUAGAUUGUGCCAGUAUUGAGCCAAUCAGAAGGAGCAUAUGCAUUACUUAGUUUGGAUCAUGGGUCUGCUGCUCUAGUUAUAUAACCCGAAGACGGACCCAAAGCAUCCAAGCGUGUCUAGUCUUUACUUUGAGGCAUCGCGGCACUAACAGAUCCCCUCGCAUUAGCACUUUGACCGUCUGUUUUUAACCCUGAGUUAGGACGCCAUGCCCUGACUGGCUAACUGUGGAAUCAGCUGUUGGCUCAGCUUUAUUCUAAGGAUCAUGACCUCCUGAUACGCCACAUGAUCAAUAAUAUCAUUUACUAAUUUAUAAUGGAAUAUACAGAUCCUGGAGAUAAAUUGUAUGGACCAAUGGGAGACAUAAGGGACUUAUAUUCACUGCCAUUGUCAGUAUAUGUAAAAUAUGACAUUUCUCCUUUCAUAUGCCGGGCACACUGAUCAGAAGUCCAACCACUUCCUGUCAGGCUUGAAGAAUUCACGAUUCUUGCUAGAUUAUCUGAGAGACUGACUUGCUAGUACUUCAAUUUAAUCAAUUGAGAAAAAGUUACUCAUGAAGGGACCUCACUAUCCAACCCAUAAUACAGGAUUUUAACGUAUUCUUUAUUACCUUGGGAAUCAAAAUAUAACUUGGGCAUUUAUUUAGAUGUUUUUACAUUUUUCAUUUGUCAGUGUCAAUGAGCACUUUGUUUUGAAAAUAAAUCUUGUUCUUGGCGGAAA